AUGUCAACAUCAAUAGAACAAAAGCUGAACGUUCUCCGGAACUACUCAGCCUGCGAUGUCUCAGAUGCCCUACUGAAACUACAGAACACCCCCGAAGGAACCCCAGCUCGCGCCGGCCACCUAGCAGACUUCAUCCCCUUCUCCCCAACCACCGACCGAAACUCAAACACCCCCAAAAUCAUCGCCCCGGCAUCAACAUUCAAAUUCAUCCCCAAGUCAGAUCCCUUCCCGUACACCGACUCGGUAGAAGCCCAUGGUUUUCCGACAGGAACGCAUUGGGUCGACUUCGCAGAGCCGGGAACCAUAACCGUGAUCGAGCAGCCCGCGGGCCAGCAUUGCGCAGUCCUGGGCGGGAUCAUGGCGGUUCGGAUGAAGUAUCUUGGGGUCAAAGGGGCGCUGGUGAAUGGGCGCGUGCGAGAUUUGAGUGAGAUCAGGGAAUGCCAGCUUCCGGUUUGGGCUCGUGCUACGUCUACGGUUGGGACUGCUGCCGAGGCGAAACCGGGGCUUCGAAAUGUGCCUAUUUCUUUGGGGGGUGUGACUGUGGCUCCGGGUGAUAUUAUUUUUUGUGAUCCGUUGGAAGGCGUGGUUGCUAUCCCGCGCGAGCUUCUUGAUCAGGUGCUUGAGCUGAUGCCUGAAUUGGUCGCGAUGGAUGACAAAGUUAAGGAAGCUGUGAUGCAGGGGUCGAAUGUCUUUGAUGCCUUUAAGAAAUUUAGGACUAAGAUUUAG